CGAGAAAAAUAACGUUUUCGAGUAGCGCAAUUUGCAUUCUCUUACGGUUCUUCUGCAGGAGCGCAUCGGGUUGGACCCAAUACACCUCCCACCCUCUCACACGUACUGAUUUUUGACUGGCUCCUCCCAUACCGGUUAAAUGGCGCUCAGUUAUUAAAUUUAAUGCGGUCAUGAUAGAGGACCUGUAGAGUUUAUCAACUUUAUUGUAACAAAUAUUUCCAAGUAUUGUAAUCUGUUCAUUCCCGGAGAAACAGUUAUGAAGACAAUACUUGCUGCCUACCCCGGUGUCCUAAAAGGCACCGGCUGCAGCAUCCUCUCCGUCCUGCAGAAUCUACCCUCCGCUCCUUGGCCUGCCCUCCGAUCCAAGAUGGAGAAACACCUGCAGGUCAUCUCAGUUCUGCAGUGGGUCAUCAGCUUCCUUGCCAUGGGCGCCGCUGGCACUGUGCUGUUAAUCUACAUGUUCUGCACAGAUCUCUGGGUGAUCGCUGCCAUGUACACUGCCUGGCUCAUCUUCGACUGGAACACCCCCAAACAAGGUGGCAGGAGGUCCUCUUGGGUGAGGAACUGGACCAUGUGGACUUACUUCAGAGACUACUUCCCCAUCAGGCUCAUCAAGACACACAACCUGCUGCCCAGCCGAAACUACAUCUUUGGCUACCACCCCCACGGGAUCUUCUCUUUCGGAGCCUUCUGUAACUUCGGAACAGAGGCCACCGGCUUCUCUAAGAAGUUCCCGGGCAUCAAACCUUCCCUGGCCACCCUGGCUGGAAACUUCCGGAUGCCAGUCUUUAGAGACUAUCUCAUGUCUGGAGGUAUCUGCCCAGUGAACCGUAACGCCAUUGACUACCUCCUCUCUCAGAAUGGAACUGGCAACGCGGUGGUCAUCGUUGUCGGGGGAGCAGCUGAAUCUUUGAACUGUACUCCAGGCAUGAAUUCUGUCACCCUGAAUAACCGCAAGGGCUUUGUGAGGUUGGCACUCCAGCAAGGGUCUGACCUGGUACCAGUCUACUCCUUUGGGGAGAACGAUGUGUACAAGCAGGUGAUCUUUGAGGAGAGAACCGCGUGGCGGCUGGCUCAGAAGCGGCUGCAGAAGAUUCUGGGCUUUGCUCCCUGUCUGUUCCAUGGCUGUGGCCUCUUCUCCUCCGACUCCUGGGGAAUGGUGCCUUACAACAAACCCAUCACCACCAUCGUGGGUGAACCGAUCACAGUGCCAAAGAUUGAGCAGCCUCCUCAGGAUAUGGUGGACCUGUACCAUGCCAUGUACAUCAAUUCCCUCAGGAGCCUCUUUGACAAGUAUAAGACCCGCUUCAGCCUGAAGGAGAGUGACAUCCUGCACAUCCAAUGAGAAAAGAGAGAAAGGGGCAGCUGUGGCAGCUGUCUGUUCAGCCCCGCCCCCUCCAUUCACGUGCCUGGCUCUGAUUGAUUGUCUCUGGAAUUCAAUCGAUAUACAUAAAGUUGUGUGUAUAUAUAAACCCACCACGCUCUCAGCAUCACUCACGUCCCUCCUCCACUCAGGAUGAAAAUGGCAGGUUUUAGGUCACCUUACUAUUCUCUCUGACCUAGUCACUGUCAAUGGCAAAGUUGACUAACUUCCAUUUAUUGAAUGUUUUAUUGAGCAUAUGACACAUCUAUAGAUGUGUUCCGUGACAUAAAAGAUGAGUAUAGUUUGAUAAGGUUCGAUCCCUUGCUUUAAUGUGCAGUGGAACUCCCACUAGGUGGCACUAGAAGGUUACACGAGACACACACACAAGCACCAUCUUUGUUUCCUCAAUGCAUCCAUGUAAUUGUCCCUUAGAAUAGGCCUGUACAAAGAAUGUGUUAAGUGCCCUAAAAGCUAAAUAUAGGAUGACGUUUUGAGCCCUUCAUAAAAAUGUUUUGCUAAAUGCACAAACAAUGCAAUUGUAAGGGUAUUACCUCACUAAGACGUUGAUAUAGUGUGGUUUAUUGAGCCAACGAGCUGAUGGGUGUCCCCUCCCCACACACAUCAUUGAAACUUGAAGGUGAAGGAAUUCUAUUGAAUGGUUUAGAUUGUGCGAUGGCACUAAGUAUUAAUUGUAUUUUGUAAAUAAGAAAAAGCUAUUUUUUUUUCUCAAUGAAAAUUAAUAUAUAGAUGCACUUUUUGUAUUUGUGACAACCCUCUGAGGUAUUUCUCUAAAACGUGCCUUUGAAAGAUUCCUAUGUCAAAUUAGCUUUUUUCAACAUAAUUGCCAAUUUCAAAGAGAAUCACUGUGGUGCUUUUGUCAUUUAACCUUGACCUUUGUUUUUGUUUUGUCUUACAUUUCUCCACAUGUGAGUGUAUUGACUGGGCUUCAGAGUGUUAUCUAGUGCCUUGAGGCCCCAUGUACUGUAGUAUUUGAAGGUUGAAGAUGUUGGUGAUGUAAGAACAAUUUCAGGGUGAAGACAAAUGAUUCCUCUAUACAGAGGGCAGAUAACUGAUGAAUGAAAUGAAAAGGAAGGGAUUGCAAAGCAUAUGCUCAUUUUAAAAAAAUAACUACAAUGCAAACUUCUUAGGGGGGUUCCACUAAUUUCAGUAAAAUGGCAAAAGGGUUGCUAUCACAGAUUUGAAUAUAGAGUAUACAAGUCACAAACUCCCCUGGUAAUUACCAAGAAGUGUUUGAGAUAAAUACUUUUUUAAUAUUGGGCAUAUCAAACACAGAAUCAAGUCUACCAUCCUGCCAAUGAUCCUAGAUGCAGAAAUGUAUGUAUGUUGUAUAUUAUGCAAGAUAAAAAGACUACAAUUAUUUUGCCAUGUGGUGAAAUCUUGAGGUUGGUGAUAAAUAGAAGUGUCAUUCAAAAUGUAAUUUCUUCUAGCUUCACCGGUGACUUUUUGCAAAGAGCAGUGAACAUGGGGCUCUCCUAAUUCAUGUGCAAUAAAUAUAGCAAUAAAUAGCAGCCAAUGCCUUUUAUGUUGUGAAUGAAUGGCUUCAUCACAAUCAGUCUAUUGAAAUGAAACGUUUGUUUUCAGAAUAAAACUUGUACAUGUC